GCCGCCGGGCCCGCCGCCGGAGCCCGCCGCGCCGCCAUGGGCGCCUACCUGUCGCAGCCCAACACGGUGAAGAGCUCAGGGGACGGGGCCGGGCUCGGGCCGCGCCCGCUGCACUUCGGCUUCAGCGCUAUGCAGGGCUGGCGCGUCUCCAUGGAGGAUGCACAUAAUUGCAUACCUGAGCUGGACAGUGAAACGGCCAUGUUCUCAGUCUACGAUGGACAUGGAGGGGAAGAAGUUGCGCUGUACUGUGCCAAGUAUCUUCCUGAGAUAAUCAAGGACCAGAAGGCCUAUAAGGAAGGCAAAUUGCAAAAGGCCCUGGAAGAUGCUUUCUUAGCCAUAGAUGCCAAGCUCACCACUGAGGAGGUAAUUAAAGAACUCUCUCAGAUGGCUGGGCGGCCCCAAGAUGAUGAAGAUGAGAAGGAGAAAGUUGCUGAUGAAGAUGAUGUGGAUAAUGAGGAAGCUGCUCUUCUGCAUGAAGAAGCCACAAUGACCAUUGAGGAGCUUCUCACGCGUUACGGACAAAACUGCACCAAGAACCUCAAAAACAAAUCCUUAGUUCCGCCUGGGGAGAGCGCUGCAGAGGGGACAGGCAAGCAGCAUGAUGGGGAAUCAAAUAUGAAUGGAGAGGCUGAUCCAGGGGAGAUAACCGACCACAAGGAGAGGAAGAAUGGGAAGCCAGAUGAAGAAGUCACGGGUAUUUCCUCCACCUCAGACAAAGCCAGCACUGGAGGCAACAGCCCUGCUCUGCAGAAGCCUGAACUAGGCAAAGGUGACGAGGCCGUCACCUCUUCUACUGGGGAGGCCGGGCCCUCCUGCUCCUCUACAGGAAAGCCCCAGCGCACAGCCAAAUCCAAAUUUUUUGAGGACAGUGAGGAUGAGUCAGAUGAGGUUGAGGAAGAGGAGGAAGACAGUGAGGAAUGCAGUGAAGAUGAAGAUGGUUACAGUAGUGAAGAGGCAGAGAAUGAAGAUGAUGAAGAUGACACUGAAGAAGCUGAGGAGGAUGAGGAUGAAGAGGAGGAAAUGUUGUUACCAGGCAUGGAGGGGAAAGAGGAGCCUGGCUCUGACAGCGGGACAACUGCUGUUGUGGCCCUUAUCCGGGGCAAGCAGCUGAUUGUGGCUAAUGCCGGAGACUCUCGCUGUGUGGUGUCAGAAGGCGGAAAAGCUGUGGACAUGUCUUAUGACCACAAGCCAGAGGAUGAAGUAGAGCUGGCCAGGAUAAAGAAUGCUGGUGGCAAGGUCACCAUGGACGGCAGAGUGAAUGGUGGUCUCAACCUCUCCAGAGCGAUCGGUGAUCACUUCUACAAGCGAAACAAGAACCUGCCUCCAGAAGAACAAAUGAUCUCUGCUUUGCCUGACAUUAAAGUGUUGACAAUAAAUGACGACCACGACUUCAUGGUCAUUGCCUGCGAUGGAAUCUGGAAUGUGAUGAGCAGCCAGGAAGUGGUGGACUUCAUCCAGUCCAAGAUCACCCAAAAGGAUGAAAAUGGAGUCCUGAGGCCGCUCUCCUCCAUUGUAGAAGAGCUGCUGGAUCAGUGUUUGGCUCCAGACACAUCAGGGGAUGGCACUGGCUGUGAUAACAUGACCUGCAUCAUUAUCAGCUUCAAACCUCGUAACACACACACCCCUGCUGAAAGUGGGAAACGGAAACUGGAGGACACAGCAGCACCAGCAGAAGAGAAUGGCAGUCAUAACAGCAAGAAGACCAAGCUGGAAUAGCAGGCCUGGCACAGAGACUUUGCUGUGCACUCACCAGACUCCUUUCUUAAACAUGCUGAACUCAAGACUCCAAAGUCUUGUCCUUUUUUUAGCCUUAGCAGAGGCCUUGUUUGUCCGUGUCCCGGUCAGGGGGGUGGGGGGCGGGUCUGGUUAGCAAGGGCAUGUCACACCAUUCAUUUGUAACCAUUCCAAAGAGAGAGCCGAGGGCCAAGCUGCACGUGGGAGCCGCUGCUAGCCACGGCACAGGAGCCCACCGCAGGUGGCAGCCUGUUAGCACAGAGCCCUGUGGUUAGAAGGCUAUCCCCGCGUUGUCUCCAUGUGGUUGUUGCUAUUUCUGUGCCUGUGACUUUCUGUUUGGAGGGAAGAACUUUUUCACUGUUGAGAUUUUUUAAUCUGCACCUGAUUAUUUAAGGCCCUUUCUGUUUUUAUUUGUGAAACAAUCUGGUCGUGGUGCUGCUGCCACACCUUGUUCUGUUGUACACUUUCAAUCAAUACUUUUUUCAAACUAAACGCCCAGAAAACGUA